AUGCGAUACUUUGGAGGGGUUUGCUUUUUUAUAGUGUUCGUGACGGCUCUGAUGGGAGCGCUGCAGCCGCGAUGUCGGGCACAUCCGGUACCGGUCGAGGGCGCCGACUCAGAAGACGGAUACCACUUCCGGGAAGACUAUCCGGACGCGUUGCAGAUCACAUGCACGGCACCGGUACGGUUGACGCCGUGCGCGACGGGACCCGCCGACCGGAAACCCCGCCGCCGCCCUGCCGACAGUUCUGGGACCCGGUGCCCGCGACCCGCCGCCGCCUCCACGAGAUGA